AUGACCACUGAUGAGGCCACCAGGAGCGAAGGGGAGGUGCAGGCGGCUGCUCUCGCUGAGCGUGGGGAGGACAUCACACCAGCUCGAGACCGAGGGGUCCUGAAGAUCAUUAAACGACCUGGGAGUGAAGAUGAGUCCCCCAUGAUCGGGGACAAGGUUUAUGUCCACUACAAAGGCAAACUUGCCAAUGGUAAAAAGUUCGACUCCAGCCGCGAUCGGAAUGAGCCCUUUGUCUUCAGCCUGGGCAAGGGUCAGGUAAUCAAGGCAUGGGACAUCGGGGUGGCUACCAUGAAGAAGGGAGAGAUCUGCUACUUGCUGUGCAAACCUGAGUAUGCGUACGGCUCUGCGGGUAGCGCCCCCAAAAUCCCUUCCAACGCCACCCUCUUCUUUGAGGUCGAGCUGCUUGACUUUAAAGGUGAAGACUUGUUUGAGGAUGGAGGGAUAAUCCGGAGGAUCAAGAGGAAGGGAGAAGGUUACUCCAACCCUAAUGAAGGUGCUACAGUGGAAAUUCAUCUGGAGGGAUUCUGUGGUGGCACCAGGUUCGACUGCAAAGAUGUGAAGUUCAUUGUGGGAGAAGGCGAGGACCACGACAUCCCCAUUGGCAUCGACAAAGCCCUGGAGAAGAUGCAGAGGGGAGAGCACUGCAUCCUCUACCUUGCGCCACGGUACGGCUUUGGCGAGGCAGGGAAGCCGAAAUACGGCAUCCAGGCGAACGCGGAGCUGGUCUACGAGGUCACGCUGAAAAGCUUCGAGAAGGCCAAGGAGUCGUGGGAGAUGGACACAAAAGAGAAGCUGGAGCAGGCUGCCGUUGUCAAGGAGAAAGGCACGAUGUACUUCAAGGAAGGCAAAUACCUGCAGGCAGUGAUUCAGUAUGGGAAGAUCGUGUCCUGGCUGGAAAUGGAGUAUGGCUUGUCUGAAAAAGAGUCGAAAGCGUCCGACUCCUUCCUCCUGGCUGCCUUCCUCAACCUGGCCAUGUGCUACCUGAAGCUGCGAGAGUACACCAAAGCUGUGGAGUGCUGUGAUAAGGCACUAGGACUGGACCAGGACAACGAGAAGGGUUUGUACCGAAGGGGCGAAGCCAGGUUAUUGAUGAACGAGUUUGAGCUGGCAAAAUGUGACUUUCAAAAAGUGCUGGAAGUGAAUCCACAGAACAAAGCUGCGAAAUCCCAGAUCUCCGUGUGCCAGAAGAAAACAAAGGAACACAACGAGCGGGACCGGAGGAUCUAUGCCAACAUGUUCACAAAGUUUGCAGAGAGAGAUGCGAAGGAAGCAGCUAGCAAAACCCGGGUCGAAAAAGCAACAGAGAGAGCAGCUUGUGAAAAGGGGUCAAAAACUGGUGCUGAAGAUGAAGAUGCUGAAGGACAUGUAUGAUGGAGGAGGAGGGGAAGGGAGAGCCUCCUGCCCAUAGAAGAAGGUUGCUGCCAGACCUCAGGACUCGCCAGUGUUUUCUUGUAAAGCUUGUUACAGUUUGUGUGAUAGUGGAAGCAAAAAAGCACCUUGCAAAGGAAAAUCCGAAUCCUGUCCCACCGCCCUGGGCCGAGCGGGAGCAGCGGGACGCCGUGGGACCACCACACGUGGAACAAAUAGCUUGGAAA